UCCCGGAUGAGGCUGGUCUUCUUCUGGCUCGUCCCCCGCGGUAGCUGCUUGUUGUCCCUAAACAAAAUAAUACUUCUAUCCUGCAAAGCCCACUUAAUGGCGUCGCCGAGCUAAGAACUGCUUUCUUUUAAGGUCGCUGCGGACUGAAAAAAAAAAUUAAUAUACAUGAUAAAGAACCACCUUUUCCGACAUGGGUCCAGGAUAAAAGAUCUAGAAUAUUCCAGAAGCACCGUUGACUGCGCGGCCUGGUGCGGCUAACAAGCCUUUAACAGCCGGCUGGAGGACGCAGAAGUCACCGGCUGUUGUGUACACAGCAGACAUUACUCUCCUUUUUUACUUCUCUCUCAGUUCCCUCUCCCCCAUCACCAUUCCCGAUUCUGUUCUGGGCGACUUCAGACCAGUCUCAUCGCCAAGAUAGCUGGGCCAGGCAGGAAGCGGCACAGCUCAGAUCCAGACUCCAGCAGCGGCAGCGGAAGCGAUUCCAGCGACGGGCGGCCUCUAAGCGCCAAGUGUCUGAAGAUGUCCUCCGGCGGGGGUGGCUCUGGGACGGCGGGCCGUCGCGGCGGGGCUCAGCAUCAGCAGAGGGGAGGCGGCGACCACAGGUCAGAGCUGUCCUCCUCCAGUACCAACAAGAAGAAGCAGAAGGACAGAGCUAACCAGGAGUCCAGAGAGGCCAAGAAAGCUGCCGCUGCCGCUGCUGCAGGAGUGGAUGGAGUCCUUGCAGAGGUCAAAAAAGAUGUGUUUGUGGACUGGAAACAAAACGCCAGUGAAGUGAUCAUCAAGCUGCGCUGUGGUGAAAGUGUGCAAAGGAUCGAGGAUGUCAACACAACCUUUACCGAUACUCACUGCCAUGUGCGCUUCCCAGAUGAGCGUCAGUGGUCGUGCUACCUACAGGAGGAAAUAGAGGCCUCCUGUAGUCGGCUCCAGUACAAGGAGAAGGGAGGUUUCCUCUUGGUCAUUCUGCAAAAGAAGAUUCCUUUUCAUAUUUGGCCUUCACUAAAAUCCAACAAGAAGGAGAAAGAGGGCCUACCUGCAGAGACCAAAAAUACCAAGGAGCCGGAGACAAGGCCAAUUGCUCCAAAGUCGUCAGAGAAGCUCAAGUCCUCCCCAUCACCUCUGCUUCAGGCUUCCCCUUCACACAGUGCAUCACGCUUCAAAGCUGAACGAGGUGUCAAACGCCAGCUGAAAAACAAACAAGCGUGUGAGAAAAUCUCCACGGACUCUACAGUGGUGCAGACAACAGAAGCAUCCGGGGACGACAGGUCCGCUUCACCAAAACCCGCUUCGGUUCAGAAAGGCAGCCAGCAGUCUCAAGAACCCAGUGCCAAGCGCACCACUGCACAUCCUCCGAGGACAACCAAGGAGGCCAAGUCUACUACUGACAGAGACCUGCACUCAGUCCAGAACAGAACCUCACAUGCAUACUCGCCUGCUGUUGAGCACCCUCAAACAAAAAACAGUGAUAGAGACAAAAGUGUGGACAGAUUAGGUAGCGAGGAAGAACAUAAAAAGUUUGUUGCUACUGCCAGCAAUAUCAACAAGACUCAGGUGGUGGAGCAAAAACAUGUCUUUUCAGUCACAGGGGACAAGUCGGGAACAGGGGAUCAUAAAAAGCAACCAGCAGCUCCUCCUGCAAACACAUGUGACUCUCUCAAAACUUUGGGCUCAAACCACCCCGUGUAUGCUCCAGAAAGGGGCAUGGACCUAAGUGACUCAGACUCCGAAUCAGAGAAAAUGUCCGUGGAGCAAGAAUCAAUGCAAGAUACUCAAACAAACCAGCAACCGGAUUCCAGCGGAGCAGCGUCAGUGCCAGCCAAACAAGAGCCAUCAGAGGCGGGUCUGGCCCAGAUGCAGAGCAGCUGUGAUGGAGAGGAGAAGCGCGACCAGUCCAAAGAGGAGUCACCUCUUAUCAUACAGCCACAGGAAGCACAAGAGUCCAUGGUAAAUGUGCAAAACGUAAAGAACAACUCGUACGAGAAAGGCACAGACUUGAUGGUGGUGAACGUCUACAUGAAGGGCAUCUGCAGGAGUACAGCCAAGGUCCUUUUCAGGGAGCAGGACUUCACCUUCAUCUUCCAGACAAGUGAUGCAAAUUUUCUUCGGCUUCACCCGGACUGCGGACCAAACACUGUUUUCAAGUGGCAAGUUAAACUCAGAAACCUGAUACAGCCCGAGCUGUGCAGCUACUCCUUCACUGCGGCCCGAGUGGACAUCACUUUGAAAAAGAGGCACAGCCAACGAUGGGAGGGUCUAGAAGCCCCCGCCACACAAGGUGCAGUGGGUGGCGCCAAGGUGGCUGUGCCCUCUAGCCCCGCCUGCAUGGAAAAGAGCCAACCAGGCAGCAGCCAGCAUAGCCUGCCAGCCAAAGAGGAGCCCCCCAGGGUUGGUGAAGAGAAACCAAAACCCUUGAAGGCCCCACCCAGAGUGGAAGACAGCGGUCUGGAAACCGUGGCUCCUCGUACUGUGUCAGACCAUGUUGCCAUUACAAAAUCGGAGCCCACUGUAACGGCACCUAAGCCGACUUGCAUGGUGCAGCCUAUGUCCCAUGCCCAUCCCGCGAGCAAUGAGCACAACGAAGAAGAGGAGGAGAAAAAAGUGUGCAUGCCCGGUUUCACGGGAUUGGUCAACCUGGGAAACACUUGUUUCAUGAACAGCGUCAUCCAAUCCCUGUCCAACACCAGAGAGCUCAGGGAUUACUUUCACGAUCGGGGAUUUGAGGCAGAAAUCAACUGCAAUAAUCCGCUUGGAACAGGAGGCAGGCUAGCUAUUGGCUUUGCUGUGCUGCUUAGGGCCCUGUGGAAAGGAACGCACCAUGCCUUCCAACCCUCAAAGCUCAAGGCAAUUGUGGCCAGUAAAGCCAGUCAGUUUACUGGCUAUGCCCAGCAUGACGCCCAGGAGUUCAUGGCUUUUUUGCUUGACGGCCUCCACGAGGACUUGAACCGCAUUCAGAAUAAACCGUACACGGAGACGGUGGACUCGGAUGGUCGCUUGGAUGAGGUGGUGGCAGAGGAGGCUUGGCAGAGGCACAAGAUGAGAAAUGACUCCUUCAUCGUAGACCUCUUCCAAGGCCAGUUCAAAUCCAAGCUUGUCUGCCCUACAUGCUCCAAGGUGUCUAUAACCUUUGACCCCUUCCUCUACCUGCCUGUCCCGUUGCCGCAGAAACAAAAGGUGCUUUCGGUUUUCUACUUCGCCAAAGAGCCACAUAAAAAACCCAUUAAGUUCUUGGUGAGUGUGAGCAAAGAGAACUCCAGCACCGCAGAAGUCCUUGAAGCCAUCUCCAGGAGUGUUAGAGUCAAGCCUGAGAACCUUCGACUGGCAGAGGUGGCCAAAAACAGCUUCCAGCGCAUGUUUCUGCCCUCCCAUUCACUGGACACUGUGUCGCCAUCGGACACGUUGUUCUGCUUCGAGGUGCUUUCCAAAGAUCUGGCGAAGGAGAAAGUUUUUUUACUCCGAGUGCAGCAGAGACUUCAAGUCCCCAAUAUCCCCAUCUCAAAGUGUGCCUCCUGCCUUAAGCCUCCAGUGUCUGAGGAAGACAAGCUGAAGCGAUGCACUCGCUGCUAUUGUGUGGGCUACUGCAAUCAACAGUGUCAGAGGACACACUGGCCCAAUCACAAAGGUGUGUGUCGACCCAACACUGAAUAUGUGGGUCUGCCUUUCCUGGUUAGCGUACCAGAGUCCCGACUGUCAUACAGCCGCCUCACUCAACUCCUGCAUGGUUACUCCAGGUUUUCUGUCAACGUAUUUCAGCCUCCUUUCCAGUCAGGCAGGACAUCCCCUGAACCAUCUCCCAUUCUGUCCAUGCCACCAGCAGGCUCUCUGUGCUCAGGAGAUGAGGCCACAGGUGGUAGUUGUAGUACUGUUGAAGCGAGUGACUGUGGCCCAGAGUGUGUCACUCCAAUGCAGGACUCUCUGACGGAGCACAUCCAGACCCCAGCCUCUGGGGACUCUGCUACCCUUACGUCCUCCAAAACAUCUCUCUCAACCACACAGACGUCAGACUCCGGAUUCUGUGAGUCCAUCUCCUCUACUUCCUGCUGCUCUCUGGAAACCCAUGUUGAAAAAGAAACAUCGUGUGAGAAAGCAGUACGGCCAGAAGCUGCAGUAACAGGGUAUCAACAACCUAGUGGGACCUCCCCAGGGCACACGGGUCAGUUCCACAUAGCUGUGCUGGAUUCAAACAACAAGGAGCAAAGGCUGGAUGAAAAAGAAGACAUGGUGCUCGACCUGCCGGAAGACGCCACUCUGGAGCUAGUGUGGAAGAACAACGAGCGUCUGAAAGAGUACGUGCUGGUGAGUUCCAAGGAGUUGGAAUACGAGGAAGAUCCAGGAUCUUUGAGUGAGACGGCCCGGGCGGGACAUUUCACACUGGAGCAGUGCCUCAACCUCUUCACCAGGCCAGAAGUGCUGGCUCCAGAAGAGGCAUGGUACUGUCCAAAGUGCCAGCAGCACCGCGAGGCCUCCAAGCAACUGCUGCUGUGGCGUCUUCCCAACAUCUUGAUCAUCCAGCUCAAACGCUUCAGCUUCCGGAACUUCAUCUGGAGGGACAAGAUCAACGACAUGGUGGACUUUCCUGUCAGAAACCUGGAUCUGAGUAAGUUCUGCAUCGGCCAGAAGGAUGAAAUGCAGCAGCCGCCUAUUUACGACUUGUAUGCAGUCAUCAACCACUACGGGGGGAUGAUUGGUGGCCACUACACUGCAUACGCACGGCUGCCAAGUGACAAAAACAGCCAGCGCAGUGAUGUCGGCUGGCGUCUCUUUGAUGACAGCACUGUCACAAUGGUGGAGGAGAGCCAGGUGGUGACGCGCUAUGCCUACGUACUUUUCUACCGACGACGGAAUUCGCCCGUGGAGAGGCCGCCGCGCUUUCUCAGGCCCGUCGGCGCAGAUUCCCCCCCUUCCAUGGGAGCUACCGCCAGUCAGGCCUCUCUAAUAUGGCGGGAACUGGAGGAAGAAGAGGAAGAGGGCUUUGAUGAUGGCCCGCGUGGAGCAUUCCGCUCUGGUCUGCGGCGGCGGCAACAACAAAUGCACAGGGCGAGGGAUGAAGAAGAUGAUGCCAGGGAACGGCACAGGCGUCAUCGCAGUCCUGACGACGACCGCGUGCGAUAUUUUGUCCUGGGCACCAUGGCCGCCGUGUUUGCCCUUUUGGUCAAUUUACUUUAUCCUCUCCUUUACAAAGCCAAGUGGGCCUGAGCUGCACCAAUCUUUCAAGGGCUCAACGCAAGUGAGAUCAAAGGAGGAAAUAAAGGAAGAGGCUGAUGUUCUGACAGUGCUGUGGACCCUCAGCACUUGUAAUCCAAGCUCAUUUCUAGAAGAUAUGAACACAAGGAAUCACAACCUGAACUGGACAUCAGCUCUUGUUUUUUUAUUUUUAUUUUUUUAUUUCUGCAUUUCUUAAGCUUUUGUCUCAGUCAAGUCAAAAUUCUUCUUUUCACCACUUGGUGCAGUUUGGUUUAGAUUUGUUCGUGGGUUUGCUUUUGUCGCUUGUGGAAGCUGGCACUAAAUGGUUGUCAGUGGAGACAUUUCCAUUGAAUCCUCGACACAAAAUUCCAACAAAAGGUGUCUUGAAUCUAUGUUCGAGCUACGACGGUCUGCAGUACUCAUGUCAACCACUCAGGGAGAACAUCUGAUCAAAGUUAUGAUUGUUGAUAAAAACCCAGCGCAUGAUUAUCAGGUCUCAAUAGCUGCAUUUUUGUGAGUUGUUGGCGACCUGUCCUGUACACAUUUGUCUUUUUAAGUGCUUUGUGUGCAGGCUGUCAGACUUUUGCAGGAUCAUGAAUGAUUCAUGCUCAGUUCUAGACCAGGGAUGUUCAACUAAAUUGUUUUUGAGGCCACAUUUUCAGAAAGCUAAGGACAUUAGUCUUAUUUUGUGUAUUACGGAGAACCAACGUCUUCAACAUUAAACAUUGAUUAGUGGGUUUUUUUGGAAUCUGCUUCCAAAAUGUGAGUAUCUCACAAGUUUAAGUGAACUGUCGGGCUACCAGUUGAAUAGCCCAAAUUAUUAAAAAAAGAAGACCUAAAAUGGAACCAUGACCUCAUAACUAUAGACGUUGAACAAAUUCAUAACCGACUGCAUCUAAAGUAAACAAGCUACAGCAACACUUAAGUUACAUUUAUCACAUUGAAAACAAACAUAUAACUGCCAAAAAGGAGAGGACUCAAAAGACGGCCUUGAGGAACACCUCCGUUAUGUAAAUCACAAGUUUGGACCCCAGUGUUCUUAGUUUGCUAGCAGGGUUUAAAAUGUCAAUGCAGGGAUCUGCCAAUGUGUUCACAGUGGUCCAAGCCCCUCUACACAACAGCAGCACUUUUUUGUCUCCCAAGUUUUGAACUGGGAGACUGAACUUGGGGGCCGGAUUUGACCCCCGAAGCCACCAUUUGAACAGCACUGGUCUAGACAUUGGAGCUACUAAAAUUGUUAUUGAUGUAUGCAAGUUAAAUGCAGUCCAGCGGAAACUUAAGAAGUUGAGGACUCUAAUGAAAAAUGAAAUAUUGCUUUACUGCGGGGUUAUCCCAAACCAUAGUUGAGGAACCUAAAAGGGUCAGAAAUCAGGUUUUUUUUCAAUUGUUUUAAGUGUUUUUUAAAUUAUGAAAGGGCACAAUUUAUAUCAAAUGUGGAUGUAAUAAACGCAAGUCUGUUUUUUAAAUGGUUAGUUUUGUAUAUACUUCUAUAUCCUUAUAAGUGCUUGUAUAUAUUAUAAUUACAAAGUAUGACCUAUUAAGUCAGAGUAAUCUAUUUCUAAUUUGGGUCUCAGGCUAAGAAGUCACAUUAAAAGGUUUAUAUGUGCAAAAUGUUCACUUACUGAGAAUACUUUAUGGCAGAGAUGUUUAAUGUGUUGCACUGUUGGCGUCCCCUUAGAGCAGGGGUGUCCAAAGUGUGGCCCGCAGCAUAUUGUCGAAAUAAAAUCAGACAAAAAACAGUAAAAAUGUAGGCAUAAUAAGCAAAUAUGGUAGCUAAUUUUAAUACUAAUAAUUAAUACAAAGCAGACACAUUGUUUUGUCUGUAAAUGUAUCUCAGUUUUAGAUACUUUUUUUUUUUUUUUUUACAAAAUAAAAUAUCAAAACGUCCCACGCAUGCUUUGACUCUUCGGUGUGAGGCCCUUUUUCGAAAAAAUUUGGACACCCCUGCCUUAGAGAUCUCAUUAGGUUAGUACCUCCCCUUGGUCCAUGAAACACACUUUCUACAGCAUUUUUGGCUGCUUUUUCUGCAAACUGCAUUCUCUCUGUAAGAAACUGUUUUUGCCUGUGUUUUUUUCUCUUUUUAAUCAAUGUAUUUUGUUUUAUUUUUUCAAAUGUAUUUUGAUCUUUUAAAUCAGGGGUCUCAAACAUGCGGGCCAAUUUCGGCCCGCAAGAUGUUGUUAUGCGGCCCUCACUUCGAAAUUACAAUUUAAUGUUGGUGCGGCCCGCGAGUUUAAUGUGAAGGGCGCUUGAUGGCGUCAUACUUGACAACGUCCCUAAUUUUCCCGGGAGACCCCUGAAUUUUAUUCACCAUUUCUGUUGGCAUCUACCAGAUCAUCAAUAUUCAGGGAGUGUAAUAAUGGCUCUGCCUAUGCCGCCCCCUACAUUCUGAAUCGACAGCGUGCGAGCCCAGUUGUAUGAUGCAGAACGCAAGUGUGGUAUUACAAAAUAUAUUUGAUCAACAGCUACACACGUCGCACUAAGGGUGGCUGUAAAAAAAACUUUAACACUGUUACAAAUAUGUGCCAGACUGUGAACCCACACCAAACAAGAAUGACAAACACGUUUCAGGAGAACAUCCACAUCGUUACACAACAUAAACAUAACAUAACAUAGGGACGGCUUGGUGCAGUAGUAGAGUGGACGUGCGCAACCCGAGGGUCCCUGGUUCAAUCCCCACCUAGUACCAACCUCGUCACGUCCGUUGUGUCCUGAGCAAGACACUUCACCCUUGCUCCUGAUGGGUGCUGGUUAGCGCCUUGCAUGGCAGCUCCCUCCAUCAGUGUGUGAAUGGGUAAAUGUGGAAGUAGUGUCAAAGCGCUUUGAGUACCUUGAAGGUAGAAAAGCGCUAUACAAGUACAACCCAUUUAUUUAACAAUUACCCAGAAUCCCGUGCAGUCCAGACUCUUCCAGGCUACAAUAUACACCCCCCCCCACCCUCCCUACUUGCGUCGGUUGAGGUGUUGUAUAUUGUAGCCCUGCACGGUGUUCUGGGUAUUUGUUCGCUUAUGUUUAAGUUGUGUUAAGGUACGGAAAUUCUCCCAAAAAGGGUUUGUCAUUCUUGUUUGGAUUCAAAGUGUGGCGCAUAUUUGUAAAAGUGUUAGUUGUUUAUAUGGCACCUUCAGUGUGACCUGUAUGGCUGUUGACCAAGUAUGUCUUGCAGCCCCUGAUGUUAAUCAUCUGCACAAGCCUCAUAUAACAUGUUAUGACACUGGCACAUUGGUUGUGUGACGUAAAAGUGUGCGCAAUGACAUGUAGUGGAGCGGUAAUACUCUUAAGGGGUGCGCAAACCCCUGAAAAAACAGCAGGAAUUCAUAAAUCCUAUAUAAAUAUGUUUAUUGAAUAAUACUUCAAUGAGAUAUGAAUGUAAGUUCAUAAACUGUGAAAAAAUAAUACAAUAGCUAGACUUUUUAUGGACAUGUUCCAUAAAUAUUGCUGUUAAAGAUUUCCUUUAUUGUGAGGAAAUGUUUAGAAUGAAGUUGAUGAAUCCAGAUGGAUCUCUAAUACAAUCCCCAAAGAGGGCACUUUAAGUUGAUGAUUACUUCUAUGUGUAGAAAUCUUUAUUAGGGUCCGCAGGCCCUAUUGAAACUGCUGUGUUUUAUUAUUAUUCCGCUCCUUCGCACCCUAAUUUGACCCCCUUAACAUGCUUCAAAACUCACCAAAUUUGACACACACGUCGGUGUGGCAAACCUUCCCAACUUAUUAAGUAACCAAACCCCAAAAAUGAAAAUUGCACUCUAGCGCCCCCUAGAAAGAAAAAAAAAACAGACUACUCGUAACUUCCGUUAGGAAUGUCGUAGAGACAUGAAACAAAAACCUCUAUGUAGGGCUGACUUAGACCUAGAUUUCAUAAUUGUAUCUUCUGGGGCAAAAAUCAACAAAAAUUUUGCAAAAACCCAUUCAAAGCAAAAUUUUCGCAAAAAAUGCUAUUUUUGCCUCUUUGAGCUGUAAUUGGACCCCCUCAACAUGCUUCAAAACUCACCAAACUUGACACACACAUCAGGACUGGCAAAAAUUGCGAUCUAAUGAAAAAAAAAAUCCCAAUACUCAAAAUUUCGCUCUAGCGCAAUUUUUGAAUAAAACACAGCAAAAACUGCUCCUAGGAAGAAAACACAAACAAAAUUGCUUUUAACUUCCAGUAGGAAUGCCGGAAAGACAUGAAACAAAAACUUCUAUGUAGGUCUCACUUAGACCUACAUUUAGAUAAUCGACAUCCUUCGGCAAAAAUCAACAGGAAGUUAAAAAUUACCCCUUCAAAAUAAAAGUUUUGUAAAAACUUGUCACAUUUUUCAAACGUAAACUCCUCCGAGUGCGUUUGACGUUUCGGCUUCAAACUCGCACAGGAGAGAGAUUGAACCCUUUUGAUUAAAACAGUCCAACAAAGUUUUGAUUACUGCUCCGGUUUUGAUUUUACGCGCCUUCAAAGAACCCCUGCGCAAAGUUUCCUAAAAAAUGUCAUUUUUGCCUCUUUGAACUGUAAUUUGACCCCUUUAAAAUGCUUCAAAGUGCAAGUUAAAGCUCUACUAUACAAAGCGAAAGCCAUUUAUCAACAACAUCCAGAAACACCAAUCUGUAAUUUGACCCCCUUACCAUGCUUUAAAACUCACCAAAUUUUACACACACAUCAGGAGUGGCGAAAAUUGCCAUCUAAUAAAAAAACCAAACCCUAAAAAAUCUAAAUUGCGCUGUAGCGCCCCCUAGGAAAAAACCCAGACGAAACUGCAUGUAACUUCUGUUAGAAAUGUCGUAGACAUGAAAUAAAAACCUCUAUGUUGGUCUGACUUAGACAGGGCUUGAGUAGCGGCGGCAGCCAAAGGCGGACCCGACCAACGCUGCUUGCAGCUUUAAUUAAUUAUUGAAUCACUUGUUAUUUUUGUACAUUUUUUUCCAAAUAGUUCAAGAAAGACCACUAAAAAUUAGCAAUAUUUUUGCACUAUCAUACUAUGUAAUAAUUCAGAAACUGAUGACAUCAUGCUGUAUUUUACUUCUUUAUCUCCUCUUUUUCAACCAAAAAUGCUUUGCUCUUAUUAGGGGUUUACUUGAAUUAAAAAAAUGUUCACAGUUCACAGUGAAAAAAGGUUGAGAACCACUGUUGUAGAGGAAGUUAAAAGCAGUGCAGUCACGGCAGCCCUUAAUUGUCGGCCGGGUGAAAAUUGGGACAGAUUCGUGAGAAUGUUUGCACCGGUAGAUUGUCGGGAGGUGCACUGAAAUUCAGGAGUCUCCCGGAAAAAUGGUGAGGGUUGGCAAGUAUGUUGCUAGGGCGGGAACGCCAUUCAUAGAAGGUCAAUUCAUUAAAAAGUGCAUGUUAGAUUUUUUAAGAAAUGUUUUCUUGCGGCCCAGCCUCAUCCAGUUUUUCCAUCCAGGUAAAUUGAGUUUGAGACCCCUGAUUUAAAUCAUUGUAUAAUGUGUUUUUAGGAAGAUAUUUAAAUACAAUUCUCGCAAUGUUAUUUUGCCUUGAGUAGAACAUGUAAAGCAACCUAGAGCUCUUGAUUGUCCUCGUAAUAUAUAUUAAUAUAUUUAUAAAUAAUAUAUUUGACAGCGGAGAAAUAUACGGUACAGACCAAAAGUUUGGACACACCUUCUCAUUCAAUGUGUUUUCUUUAUUUUCAUGACUAUUUACUUUGUAGGUUGUCACUGAAGGCAUCAAAACUAUGAAUGAACACGUGGCGUUAUGCACUUAACGAAAAAAGGUGAAAUAAUGAAUUAUAUUCUACUUUCCUCAAAAUAGCCACCCUUUGCUCUGAUUACGUUUUUGCACGCUCUUGGCAUUCUCCCGAUGGGCCACAAGAGGUUGUCACCUGAAACAAUUUUUACUUCACAGAUGUGCUUGAAGCUAAUGGAGAGAAUGCCAAAAGUGUGCCAAGCAAUAAUCCGAGCAAAGGGUGGCUAUUUUGAAGAAACUAGAAUAUAGAACUGUAGAGGUUGCCCUCUAGUGGGUUGCUCGGACUGCCACAAGAGCCCGGAUUUCAGGGUACGACAUGGUUUUGUUUUCAUAAAUAGUGCAAGGCUUUUUCUGAGACCGUGUCUCUCUCUCUGGCUCCCACUCCAACUCCAACCUCGUGUUUCCGUCCGGCUGCUGCUAAUGAAGGCGACAGGAGAUUAGAUAACAAGGCCCACCUGGGCCAUCCACUUACCUGUCGCAGUCUUCAAGGCCGAUCCUUGCACACCCCGUUUCGCGGCAGGCCCGCAGGCCACGCCCCCCUCCAUAAAACCAUGUUUGCAGUUAUAUCACCUUUUUUUGUUAAGUACAUAACUCCACAUGUAUUCAUUCAUAGUUUUAACGUCUUCAGUGACAAUCUACAAUGUAAAUAGUCCUGAAAAUAAAGAAAACGCAUUGAAUGAGGAGAAGGCGUGUCCAAACUUUUGGCCUGUACCGUACAUGUAAAAAUGCACUGCUGUGGUAUAGUUGUAAUUGUGGAUAAUGCUGGUCUCAGGGACUUCUGACUGCAACCGAACCUGCCUUGCCUUUAAAUGUACACACGUGGAAUUGUAAAGUCAAUAUAUGCAAUAUGGAGGAUGAAUCCAAGACGCUCUGCAAUAAUGUACCUUAAAUACCCACCUUCAAAUAUUGUACAAUUUUCUACUUUUCUGACAAUAAAAUAUCCCCAUUUCUCACUUGAA